AAUCGAGGCAGAUCAUCGUUCUCUGCUGGCUCUGCGGUUCUUCGUCUUGUACUUGUUGGCGAGUCGAUGAGAUUUCUUGUUUCCUUUUUCCGCUAUGGCUUCUGCGCCGUCGAUGUCUGUAUCGGUGGAAUGCGUUAGUCUUUGCACGCUAUCAAAGGGCGAUACAAGCGUGCGGUAUGAGUGCAGUGUGCUAUCAUGCGCUUGGAAGGCGCCGAGGGUUCUCACCGGUUCGCUCGCGAGCACACCAUGGCCGCAGUGCUUUUCAAAUAGUCGGAAGUGGCCAUCACGCAGGAGUAGUCGGCCUGAGGGCUUGACUUAUGCUCCUUGGGGAUGCGAAGAUAGUAGUGGCAGAAAACUGAGCCGUAGAAAAAAUUUUGAUUUUGUGACAUCUCAAAAAUGCAUCAAAUCACCCAACUUUCCUAUUUCUAGCAGAACUUGGAAGAUUCUUUGUUCAUCUUCAGAAUCUUCACAUGACAUUUCACCAGAAUCUCUAUGGGAGGAUUUAAAACCUAAGAUCUCAUAUCUUGAACCAGAGGAGUUGGAAUUGGUAAAUGAUGCUCUGAGGCUGGCCUUUGAAGCACAUGAUGGUCAGAAGAGAAGAAGUGGAGAUCCUUUUAUUAUUCAUCCAGUGGAAGUAGCUCGUAUUUUGGGAGACCUUGAGCUAGACUGGGAGUCAGUUGCUGCUGGUUUGCUACAUGACACUGUAGAGGACACCAAUGUGGUAACAUUUGAAAGAAUAGAGAAACAGUUUGGUUCUACAGUGCGAAGAAUUGUUGAGGGGGAGACUAAGGUAUCUAAGUUGGGAAAGCUUCAGUGCAAAGAUCCUGACAUUUCAGUUCAAGAUGUAAAAGCUGACGAUCUGAGGCAGAUGUUUCUUGCCAUGACAGAAGAGGUUCGUGUGAUCAUUGUAAAAUUGGCUGACCGGUUGCAUAACAUGCGCACACUAACUCACAUGCCUCAGCACAAACAGGCUAGUAUUGCUUUGGAAACCCUGCAAGUGUUUGCCCCUCUAGCUAAGCUCCUUGGAAUGUACCAUAUUAAGUCAGAAUUGGAAUACUUGUCUUUUAUGUAUACACAUCCUCAUGAUUUUGCCGAGCUCAAGAAGAGAGUUGAGGAUCUUUCUAAAGAGCAUGAAAAGGAACUUGAAGAGGCUAAGAAGGUUCUAAGGAGAAAAAUUGAGCAGGACCAAUUUUUGGAUUUUAUGACCGUUAAAAUAGAAAUUUGUUCAGCUUGCAAGGAAUUAUACAGUAUAUACAAGCAGAUGUUGAAAUCAAAAACUUCAAUAAAGGAGGUUAAUCAAAUUGCACAGCUCCGCCUUAUCAUAACACCAAAGACACAGAUCGGUGUUGGGCCUUUAUGCAGUGCACAACAGAUAUGCUAUCAUGUUCUUGGUCUUGUCCAUGGGAUAUGGACUCCCAUACCAUCUGCUAUGAAAGACUAUAUUGCAACUCCUAAGCCUAAUGGUUAUCAAAGCCUUCAUACAACAGUGAUCCCAUUUCUCUAUGAAAGCAUGUUCCGGUUAGAAGUUCAGGUAAGGACAGAAGAGAUGGAUUUGAUAGCUGUGAGAGGUAUUGCUGCUCACUACAGUGGACGAGUUGUCACUGACAUGGAUGGACAUGGACUGUAUCGUGGAAGAAAUUUGAAAGGAAAACCAAUGUGCUUGAACAAUGCAGACAUUGCUCUCAGGAUUGGCUGGCUUAAUGCUAUAAGGGAGUGGCAAGAAGAGUUUGUUGGCAACAUGAGUUCAAGAGAAUUUGUAGAUACUGUCAUGCGAGACUUGUUAGGGAGCCGUGUAUUUGUUUUUACCCCUAAAGGAGAGAUAAAGAACUUGCCCAAGGGAGCUACCGUUAUUGAUUAUGCUUAUCUUAUACACACUGAUAUUGGGAACAAAAUGGUGGCAGCAAAGGUCAAUGGUAAUCUCGUUUCUCCAAUGCAUGCUCUGGCAAAUGCUGAAGUUGUGGAGAUAAUUACAUACAAUGCAUUAUCGAGCAAAUCUGCUUUCCAAAGGCAUCGUCAGUGGUUGCAGCAUGCAAAGACUCGCAGUGCCCGGCACAAGAUUAUGAAAUUCUUGAGAGAGCAGGCUGCACUUUCCGCUGCUGAGAUUACUGCAGACACAGUAAAUGAUUUUGUUGCUGAUCUCGAGAAAGAGAAUGAUUAUGAUCCCAAGUUUUCCAUCCUUCAAAAUGACAGAAAAUCAAUAUGGGAAAAAAUACUCGCCAGUAUUGACGAACUUCCUUCAAUUAAAAAGCACCGUGAAAACCUGGUACACGUUAAGAAUACCUUAGGCAUUCCUAAGAUUAACGGGAAGCAUAACAAAGCUUUUCAAAAAGGAAGCGUUAAGGUUAAUGGCAGCUCUGUGAUUUCAAGUGAUGGAUUUACUGAGCUGAUGCAUUCAACUAUCUCAAUGUAUAAUAAAGAAGUUUUGCCUGGUCUAGAGGGUUGGAAAGCGAGCAAAAUAGCAUUGUGGCACAGUAUAGAAGAACAUUCGGUGCAAUGGUUUUGUGUAAUAUGCAUUGAUCGAAGAGGCAUGAUGGCUGAAGUUACAUCAGCUUUGACUGCAGUUGGAAUGACGAUAUGCUCGUGUGUGGCUGAGGUCGAUAGGAAAAAGGGCAUGGGCGUUCUAUUAUUCCACAUAGAAGGGACUUCUGAGAAUCUAAUAAAUGCAUGCUCAAGCGUCGACGUGAUCCUCGGCGUUCUUGGCUGGACUGCCGGUUGUAGUUGGUCCAAGUCUGCAAUGGAUGACAACUUCUUUGAAUGCUAAGAUAUAUAAAUCUUGUGAAGAAAAAGGUAUUCAAUUUAUACGUUAAAGGUCAGAAUAAUAAGAAGAGACCUGCAGUCAGCUAAUUUUGAUAAUCAUUGGAAGAGGAGGGGGGGAAUGUACAUAGGAAGAGCAAUUAGGUCUCAGUCUUAUAUGAUUUUUUGUGCAGGCUGUUCAGACUGAUUGAUUGAACACUUUACUGUGGAAAUGUUAAGAUUAGUUAUUUAUGUUUUUUUUAUCCAUUUUGUUACUUAUCAA